GGUAUAAAUUUGCUACUGUUGAGGCUUGUCCUGUUGUGUCUGCUGACAAUGCACCAGACCAAGAGAAAGAGGAGUAUGCUCGGUGGAAAAAGGCUGACGAGAUGGCGAAGUGUUACAUCUUGGCAUCUUUGUCAAAUGUACUUCGACAUCAACAUCAGUCUAUGAACACUGCAGCGGAUAUGCUACUCAAUCUCAAGGAGUUAUUUGGUCAUCGGUCACGGGCUGCCCGACAAGAGGCCAUGAGGGUUCUGAUGAACAUGACCAUGCGCGAGGGCAUUCCCGUAAGGGAACAUGUUCUUGCUAUGAUGGCCCAGCUGAAUGAGCUGGAGGUUCUUGGGGCUUUUAUUGAUGGGGAAACCCAGGUCGAUAUAGUGCUCCAGUCUUUGCCGAAGAGCUUCGAGCAAUUCCGGUUGAAUUAUAACAUGAAUAAAAUGUUGAUGACUCUUCCGGAACUUGUUGCUGAGCUUCAAGCGGCAGAGGGCCUGUUUCGUCAGAAGUCCCAAGCCAUGGUGGCCCAGCGGGGAGAAGCUUCCACUUCUAAGGCUCCUAAGGGCAAGAAGAGGAAGAAGUCUGCAGGAAAGGGCAAAGCGGUCAUGAGUGACGCGCAACCUCAACAAAAGGCAAGGAAGCCGAAAGGCAAGUGCUACAACUGUCAGCAAAAAGGACAUUGGAAGGCAAACUGCCCUCUUCCCAAGAAACCAAAAAAAGCAAGAUAUCAGAGUAAUCCAGGACCGGAACAUUGGUCUGCGGUAAAGCAUAUACUCAAGUACCUUCGUAGGACUAAGGAGUACAUGUUGGUUUACCAGGCAGAAGAGUUGCUUCCGUUGGGUUACACCGAUUCUGACUUUCAGGCAGACCGGGACGAAAGCAAGUCAACCUCAGGGUUUGUGUUUACUUUAGGAGGAAGAGCCAUAGUAUGGAGGAGUGUCAAGCAGAAAUGCGUGGCGGACUCAACCAUGAAAGCUGAGUAUGUAGCAACCUCAAGGGCAGAGAAAGAAGCUGUCUGGCUCAGGAAUUUUCUCCUCGACCUUGACGUGGUGCCGAGUUUGCCCGCUGAAAUCACAGUGUUCUGUGAUACCAGCGGAGCAGUAGCAAAUUCGAAGGAACCACGGACUCAUAAAGCAAGUAAACACAUAGAGCACAAGUACCACCUGAUACGAGAAAUCGUUGGACGAGGAGAAGUCGUUGUUGCCAAGAUACAAUCAGAGGACAACCUAGCAGAUCCUUUUACGAAGAGCCUACCGGCGAAAGUCUUUACAAGACAC